AUGGAUUGCAGCCCACCGGAUACGCUGAUACUGAAAUCAAUCGUACACACGGGCACGAAGGUGGUUCCGUUUCGUGAUGGCACAAGGGUAAAAUUUCACUAUCAAACGAGAAAAUGUGACGAAUCGCGAACGCUCAUUGACGACAGUCGAACGCAGCAGAAACCAAUGGAGCUAGUGUUGGGCAAAAAGUUCAAGCUCGAGGUGUGGGAAUCGAUUGUACAGCAGAUGGCCCUGCACGAGGUGGCACGGUUCCGAUGUGACAAAUCGCUCGUGAUGCAGUACCCGUUCGUGUCGAAAACGAUUCGUGACGCACAGAAACCGCGAGAAGAACGGAAACACUGCUGCGGCAUGACCGUACAGAACGAGGGCAUCGGGUACAAAGAUCUGGACGAGCUGUUCACCAACCCACAGGACCUGGAGUUCACCAUCGAGAUAUUGUCGAUCGAAAGCCCGGAAGAGUACGAGAAAGAAUCGUGGCAGCUAAGUGACAACGAGAAGCGGUCGCUGGUGGAGAAGCUCCGCGAACAGGGUAAUGCAGCGUACAAAGCGAAUAACCUAACCGCCGCCCUGGAGGCGUACUCGUACGCUACAGGCAUUAUCGAGCAGUUGAUGCUGAAGGAGAAACCGCACGAACCGGAAUGGAAUGAGCUGGCUCAGAUGAAGGUUCCACUGUUGUUAAACUACUCGCAGUGCAAGCUGUACGAGAAGGAUUACUAUGCCGUGAUCGAGCACUGUACCGAGGUGCUGAAGUACGAUCAGAACUGCGUGAAGGCGUGGUUCCGGCGCGGCAGGGCCCACGCCGGUGCCUGGAACUUUGAUCGUGCGCGCACCGACUUUGAACAUGCUGCCGAGCUGGACUCCAACCUGCAGCCUUCCGUGCGUAAGGAGCUGGCCAAGUUGCAGGAACAACAGCGCCUAAGGGAUAUAGAGGAUAAGUUAAAGUAUCAGAAGCUUUUUUAG